UACGGGUCACGUCGCGCGCGCAGCGCCAGAGUUCGACGAUCAGUCCGCGCGAGACGCUUCAAGUGCAAAGAUCGUUCUCUUUCGCGAUCGCGAUCGCGAUCCUUUAUCUUUUUAUUUUAUCUUCGUGAGAUAGUUCGCCGGCGUUUCAUCGGAUUUUGUGUCUGACGAGUAAUCAUUAAUACGAACAAACAGACAUACAGAGAGAGAGAGAGAGAGAGAGAGAGAGAGGCAGACAGAGCAACGUUAAUCACGCUGCUACGAUUAAGUUAAAAUUCGUGAAAUGGUGAUAGGAACGUUACCUAACAUAUCAUUGACCAUGCCGUCGGGAAGGAAAAUCCCACGAGUCUGCAGUUUGACGGUGUACGACGUCGAUUCUCGUGUGUCGCAAAUAGAAGAAAAUCCUGGCCUGAUCGAUGGCACCUCGUCGUCGAAUGAAAACAGCAGUACGGAAAAUUCUUCUUCAGGACACUCGCCAUUGGACAGUCCAAGUGGUAUCAGAGAAAGAAUCAAACGAAUGCAAGUCGAAGCCGAAAUUCGACGGGACGAAUUUGCUAGGUUAUUGGAAGAACAUGCUCAGGUCGUAAGAAAAUUAAAAAUGAUGGAGGCAGAAGAACAGCUAUCGUCGACGCACGUCGAUGGUACUACUGCUACUGGAACUGGAACUGGAACUGUAGUUGCUAGUACGCAUGCGUGAUUCCACCCGAUUCCUCACGAUUCCGCCCGACUCAGCGCGAUUCCGCCCGAUUCCGCGCGUCGAACAAAUUCUCUUUUUAUACUCACAAUUAUUAGAUAUAUAUAUAUAUAUGAAUAUAUACGUACAUAUAUAUAUAUUUAUAUAUAUAUAUGAUAUAUCUAGGACAUGUAUAUAAGAAUUUUUUUCCUUUAUCUUUUCGUUUCUCUUUCCUUUAUUUUUGUUUCAUUUUUAUUUCGUUUGGUUUUGCAUUUCUUCUUCGAAUAGAUAUAGAGAAUUCUUUUUAUAGUCUUUGCGGCGCACAUAGAAAAUAAUAAAUACAAUAAAAUAAUCGAUCGAUUUUGUCGAGUAAAUGUCAAAUAAUUGACGACUUCAUCCACCGUUUCCAUUCUAUAGUUAUCGUCGGUUUAUAGAGAAACGUACAUAACCUUCGAAUCACGAGGUUUAUUAGAGCAAAAAUAUCUACAUGUGUAUAUAUAUAUAUAUAUAUACGUAUCUACAUAUGGAUGUAUAUCUACACGUCUCUCUCUUUCUCUCUCUCUCUCUCUCUCUCUCUCUCUCUCCGCAAUAUUUUCUUUUCUCUUCUCUUAUUCUCCAGUGGAAAAAUAACUUUGAUAGUAAAAUCGCAUCGUAAUGAAGUAAGGAUUGUAUCGUAGGAAAAAAAAAAAGAAAAGAAAUACGAAGACGAUUUCGUUUUGACGACAGUCCUCUGAGAAAAAGAAAAAUAAUUUAGUGUAAUAAUUGUGACAAUAAUGAACGAUUACUUACGAUGCGUAGUAUAGAAAGAAAAGAAGAAAGACAGAAAAAAAGUAAUAAAUAAAAGUAAAUAAAUAAACAAUAACAAAUAUAUAUAUAUAUAUAUAUAUGUUCACAGAGAGUAGUGAGAAUUUUUGAAGAAAAACUCCAAUCCAUUAAACGCGUUAGCUAACAAAGUGGAAACGGUUGGCCUAAGCGUAGUACAAAUUUUUCAACUAGAAAAAAAUCUUAUUACAAGAAGAAAAAAAAAAAAAAGAAAGAAAAAAGAGGCUGAUAUAAAACAAGAAUGAGAGAAUAUUUCUAUCGUUCGAGAUAUCUAAAAAAAAAGAAAAAAAAAGAAAAGAAAAGAUAUCUGAAGAUCGAUAGAAAAAGAUUAUGAAGACGAAUAAAAAGAUGACGAAGUCGAAUAAAAAGAAAAAAAUGACGAAUGGUCCUUUCGAUGUCAAAUCGAACGAGAUAUACAUCGGCUCUCGUAUAUAGAAUUUCAUGAUGCGCAAUACGACCAUAUAUCUAUCUAUGCAUCUGCGGUAUUUAAUAACGUAGAAAAUUCAGUGUUCCAAAGUGUAAAUUAGUUUUCUAUAUUGAUAUCUACGUAAUAUUAAUUAAUGAAAUACAGGCCUAUCGCUAUAAGUAGGAACAGAUAUUUGCGAUACUCUUGUACAUAUAUAGAUUCCUUUGUACGAUAUACUUUAUUAUAUAUAUAAUAUAUAUAUAUAUAUAUAUAUAUAUUAUAUAUUAAAUAUAUAUUAUAUAAUAAUAUAAUAUUAAAUAUAUAUUAUAAAUAAUGUAAGAUAACAUUUCUGCGCGAAAAACGAAACAAUGGAAAGUGAUAUAUAUAUAUAUAUAUAUAUAUAUAUAUAUAUAUAUAUAUAUAUAUGUCGCUUGCUGGUAACUAAAAUACGAAGUAAGGAGUCGUCAUUUAUCCUGAUCAUUUGUAUAUAUGUGCGUGUAUAUAUAUAUAUAUAUAUUAUACAGUACAUAUAUACAAAUUGAAUCAAUUAUCCUUGGCUACAAUAUACGUAGGUAUUAAUAAAUGUGUUUACGCAUUAGAAAACCUCAAGUGUAAUAAUAGAAAGAAAAAAAAAUAAAUAAAUAAAAAACUAAAAAGUUAAAUAAAUACAUAAAAAAAAGUACAGAGAUUAGAUUCGCAUCUAACAAUAAGUAAAGGCAACGAGAUAUUAUUGUAUGAAAGAAAAAAGGAAAAAGAAAAAAAAAAAAGAUAGAAAAGAAAUUGUAAUUACGAUAUAACAUGCUAAGUAAUUAGUCACUAUUGCCUGUCAUUAUGUUACGAAUAUUAUGAAUACCACUUGCGAGUCGUAAGGUUUGAUAAAGUUUCAAAAUUUGUAUUUUCUUAUCUUAUUUAGAUCAGGGAUCUUGUGGUCUUUUUCUUUUUUGCUUUUUUUUUUUCUUUUUUCUUUUUCUUUAAUACACUAUAUCCAUUUAGUAUGCUAUGGUAUCUUUAUAAUUUGUAAUAAGAAAUAUAAAAAAAAAAUUAUGCUAACACAUGAAGUAAAUAAUGAUAAUCUUCAAAUUCGAUUAUAGAAAAAUGUUAAAACUUAAGUAUCAUUGCCAAGUACCUUUAUAAUAUUGUAAGUGGUAGCAAGUAUCUUAUCUGGCAUGAUACAUAUGUAUUUAUGUAUUUAGAUGAGAAUACAUUUUAUAAUCUACGAAGACAAAUAACCAAGGAACUAUCUGCAAAAAAAAAAAAAAGUAAAAAGAAAAAAUAAAAAAGAAAAAAAAAACAAGUAAACAAAUUGUUUAAUAAAAUAAUAUAAUUCAAUGGAAAAGCAUGAAUAUCUGAAAUUUAAGAAAGCGACAUUGUAAGGCAAUAAUCUUGUAAAGAUGUUCGGAAAGACUGUAGAAAAUAAACUAAAUAACGAGCAUAAAAAUAA